CUCUCUUAGCGCUGAUUUGUGGAGUAUGCAGCCUCAUUUUCCCCGGAUAACCUUAAAUCAUCCUCUUUUAUUACAGUUGCACCAUAGUUCUUGCUCUUAUAGUCUCUUAUUGAUUCUUUCCAUCUUUUGAGCUUCCAGAUGACGAAUUCAACAACGCCUACUUAUUUACGGAACUGUUUACGACCGCGUUACGAUGUGUAUUCGACCCCGGCUACCAGGUUCCCCCCGACCCAUCCUGAUGGUGAGGAGCACCCUUUUUACGAUGGCAAGUAUGGCGCGCUGUUGCAGUUCGGCCAUUACGGUGAAGGCGUUGAUUAUGAGCCGGUUAUCUACGCCUGCUGCGUUGUGAUGGGUAACGCCUGGCCUCUUGAGAUGAUGGGCCAUACGAGGAUCGAUUCGCGACUAGACGGUGGACUCCUUACCUACGCGUAUUUGUCGCUCUCCAACACGCCCGAUACCAAACAAGCUAUAGGGCUCCGCGAGCAUGGCGGCAUUUUGAGGGAGCCAAUAUACAUCCUCCACAACCUUGAAGGCGGUGUGUAUUAUUACCCAUUUACCCCGAGUUUCGACCAUUCGGUAUUUCCUCACGAUGAUAUCCCUCCUCCGUGGCAGUGCGUACAGAUCGCCAGUAGUCCUAGAGUGGAAACUGGAUAAGAUCACCGAGAUAGGGGUCAUAAUAAACGUUUAAAAAAGCACGCCUUAUUACGGAUGUGUUUACAACCUACCUAUGUAGUGUUUAGUUUUUUAGUAGACUUGUGCUAAUGUGUUCUUUUACGUUGAGACCUAUAACACAACAACAGAACGUCGUAUUAGGAUACAAAAAGACAGAGAGGAUCAGAAGUCAUUUAUCUAACCCCGAGUCCGAGUAUUAAAAUCAUGAUUAUUUUCAACGAUGGUAUGGGAGUAUUUGAUAUAUUGUAA